CUGGUCUUUGCUUUCACCUUUCUGUACAGUACCGUACCUGUUGACCCCUUGUUAUUAACGCACACGCCCGCUUUUCUUUUGCCCCUUCCGGCACGAGGAAAAGUUCUGUUUUCCACUCUCAACAUACUGGUGUUCUACAACGCUAGCCCUUAUCCUGCCUUUGUUCCCCCUCGCGCCUCCUCUUUUCUCUUUUCCUUUUUUUCCUUUUUUUUUUUUUUGUUCUGUCAUCCACCCACGUUCAUUUGGCCUACGCUGCCGCUUGCGAUCAAAGAUUUGAUCACGCUUCACUAUCCUUCGUCAAAACAAGUUUUCAAAGAACCUUUGUUCUGUUCCCUUCAUUUUGCUGGCAGCAAGGUCGCGCAGUAAACUUCAAGAACGGCGCAUUCACGUUAAACGCGGUUUAGCAUCAAGCUAUACUGACUACCGUUCUGCUUCUACUACCGACAUUUUACUCAUCAGAGUAUACCAUUCACGGCACUUGUGCAUUACACACAUCUACAUUCAAUCAAAUUCUUUAUGACACAAUCCUUUUAAAGUGAUUCUUUCGGCUCAUACACCAGUUUGUUUCCACACCCAUAUCGGAACCACUACGACUUUUUCCCGAGCUCGUUCGACAGCGCACAAAUCAGCAGAAAUUCCAUCUUUUAAGGACUGCAUACGGAGAAUCUGAUCAACAAACAACACCCCAAGAGAACUACUACCCUCAACCGCCGCCAUGAGGUCUUCGACCUACUUGUCGGCCAUGGCCGCCAUGAUGGCCACUGGAGCCAUUGCGAAGUCGGAGCUUACCUGGAGUCAUGUCAUGUUUGGUGACAUUCCUGUCAUGCUUGAAAGUCGUGUCGACCCCAUCGUCAACCCUGGCGUGCCUUCUAUGCAUGUGCACAGCAUAAGCGGGCCGAACAACUUCAACAUGAACUCGACUGGCGAGUCCCUGUCUAAGGCAAAGUGCACAUCGGCAGACGUCAAGGGUGAUAUGAGCGCAUACUGGAUGCCAAAGGUCUAUUUCCAUGACGAGGCGGCCGGACACUACGAGCCCGUUGAUGUCUUUUACAUGAAGGCAUACUACCACUUCAGACCUACCGAUGACCAGAUCAAGGCCUUCCCGCUGGGUCUCCAGAUGGUUUCUGGCGACGCUUCGCUGCGGGAGGCCCCCAAGAACAAGGGCAAAGUGGGCUGGUAUGUCGAAAACGGCGUCGAGCCUCAGCCUGCCUCGUUCAGUUGCCCACGCUCGCAACAGUCCAUAGCCUCUUCCCGGUACGCCUGGCCGCAGGAUUCCGAUGGAAGCAAAGCUGGUUUCAUUGGCCCGGACCCGAACAACCUUGAGAAGGGUGUUGGCUUCCCUUUCGCCGAUUGCGACGGCUCCAACUCUCCUCUUCGUGCCGAUCUCCACUUCCCAUCCUGCUACGAUCCGAGCAAGGGCUUGACCAACUGGAAAGAGAACAUGAAGUGGCCCAUCAUGGACUUCACGACCUGGAGGGAAAACUGUCCUAAGGGUACUAUUCACGUCCCACAGCUCUUCCUUGAAGUCUACUGGGACACGAAGAAGUUCCGCAACCGCUGGACGCCCAAUUCUGGGAAACAACCCUUUGUGCUGUCUAAUGGUGACCGCACUGGAUUCUCUCUGCACGGCGACUUCAUUGCGGGUUGGGAUGAGAAGAUCCUCCAGCAGAUGAUUGACGGCUGCAACGCCCAGCACGCUGGUCUCAAAACAUGCCCCGGUGCUCAGGAGAACAAGCAGAAGUGCAAGAUCGAUGAUGAUAAGCCCGUUAAGGAAGAGAUCCUAGGAAAACUCAAGCAGCUUCCUGGCGACAAUGGUCUCUUUGGCUGGGGAAUCACCGCCCCCAAGUCCACUGGUAACGACAGUCCCCUUCCAGACUACCAGGAGAAGCCGAAGCCGGCUUCGUCUUCGAGUACCGAACAGCCGAAGCCGGCUCCCACGGCCCAGCAAAAGGCUCCUGCCCAGGAGGUUCCGGCGCCACAAGUGACGUCGCCACCCGCCGAGGAGCCGCCGAAGGAGGUGGUCACCCCCAAAGUGAUACAGACUACUGACGCUGCCGGAAAAUCCACUCAGGUAACGGUGUGGGAAACAACAACAAAGUGGGUGACAAAGACGGUGUACGAGGGAAGCCCGUCGGCGACGGGAAGUCCUCAGGCAAAUCAAAACGCCGCUGGCUGGGUCGCCGCGGGCUGCUACCGCGAUACACGUGAUAGGGUCCUGCGCGGCGACCAGCGCCCGACUUUGGGCGCGAUGACAAACAGCAAAUGUGUUGACUACUGCGUCAGCAAGGGUUUCAACAUCGCCGGUACCCAGUAUGCUGGCGAGUGCUACUGCGGUAACGAGUUUGAGGGCACUGCGGAGAAGAUCGCAGACACUGACUGCAGCAUGGCCUGUCAGGGCGACGAGGCAGACAAGUGUGGUGGCGAUUGGGCGCUCACCGUAUUUGCCAAGGACACCACCGCUCUUCAGAAGAAGUCGGUGGACGUCAACAGCCACAACAAGAGACACUUGCACAACCACAUGCUUCACCACCGGAGCAACAAGGAACACUUCCACCCCCGCCGGAGAUAGACUUAGAGAGCGACAUGCGUAUACCCAACCCAACAGCACGUUCUGGAAUUUUUGUUUUUAUUUCGCUUCUUGAUACAUAACCCUUUUUAGCUCGGCGGCUUGGAGAAUAAAUCGGACAUAGACGACACUGGGAAAGUUGAUUCUUUGGGAGCCUACAAAGGAUGAGGCGCAUGGAACGGAUGGCGCAGAUUAUUUUUGCUUUGUUUUGUUCUGCAAUUUACUUUUUUCUUGAAUUUUAUCCUUACUCUUCAUGCUUUGUUGAUCCCCCCUGGAUCUUCUUUCCAUGUCAAUGUCAUCCUGAUGAUGACUGGCAUAUCCGCAGGCAGCGGAUAGGUCUUAUUUUUCACUUCUUUCUCGCCUCGGUGCGAUCUCUGGGGUUGUUUUUCACGUACCAGAUAUUCUUCUUGAACCUUGAACUUUGCUUACCUCCGGGGUGGGGGCGCUCACUUGGUUCACGCGCAAGUUUGUGACUUUGCGCGAGUGAGUACCGUGAUCAGGAAAAUAUCAACCGUUGCUCUCAGGCUGGUGGUUAUUUUCCGGAUUCCAUCUCUUCUUUUCUUUCAGUGGACGGGGUUUUCAACCUCGCUCAUACUUUUUUUGCUUUCUAUUCUUUUCUCUUUCGGCUUCAAGCCUUUUACAUACCAACGCUGUCUUGGAGUUUGGAAGGGGCAGCACGGCUUUUUGAAAUGACCAGUUAUGACGAUUUGCUUUUGUGAUCACAGUUGGUGGUAACGAAAAUAGGAGCGACUUUUUAGGACAUUUUUACGAGAAGAUAUCUGGACAUGAAUGAAAAAAAAAAAAAAAUCAAUCUUUUUUUCAAUUUUA